AUGGGGAAGCACCCGGAGGCAGCCGCCACCGCCGCCGAGCCGGCGCCAGGUGUCGCCGCCACCAGCCCCCGGGGUGAAGCUGGCGGCCGGGAGGACGACCCGCUGCUCUAUCGCCGCCGCUUCGGUACCACCGGUUUCCAGCACGCGGGGCCCAUGUCAAAGGCCACCUACGCUUUUAUUGGAGAGGACAGCGCGGCAGCGUACCUGCCGCAGGCAGACACGGCGCAGGAGCUGGCGGCGCGUUUUGACGCCACGUAUGCGCAGGUCAAGGCGGAGCAGGAGCGGCGGCGCAGACGCUGCUCCCCCAGCGGCCUCAUGUGGCGCAUUCUGGUGCACCUGGGCUGGACCGCCACCGAAAUCGGGACCAGGGUGGGGGCCCCGCUGGUGCUGCGCCAGCUCAUCACCUGGUUCUCCGGCUACGAGGCCAGCGGCGGGAACACGGAGGCAAGGCGGGGCUGCUGCGUGUGCUGCCUGUACCCUGUGUGGCGGGGCUGGAUGUGGGCUGCGGUGAUGGGCGUGUUUGGAUACUGCUACUGCUUCAUCCACCACCAGCUCUUCUGGUACGGCAUGCGCCUGGGCUACGACAUGCGCCAGCAGGCGGUGGCGGCGGUGCAGGCCAAAGUGCUCAACCUCAACUCGGUUGCGGUGGGCGACCAGACGGCGGGGAAGAUCGUCAACCUGGUCAGCAACGACGUGCGGCGCUUCGACGACGCACUCCCCUUCUAUAACUUCCUGCUGAUGGUGGGCUUGUGGCUGGAGCUGAUGAUCGUGUUUGUGCUGGUGGGCGCCAAGUUGGGCUACUGGGCCUCGCUGGCGGGCGUGGCCACUCUGCUGGCCCUCAUCCCCACGCAGUCUGCGCUGGCGGCGUUUGGCGUAGCGCGGGCUACCUCAACAGACCAGCUCACAGUGCCAAACCUCUUCUACUCACUGGCCCUGCUGGCCCUGCCCAAGCUCUACAUGUGCGACUUUUUCGUGCUGGCGGUGGGGUCCGUGUCUGAGCUGCGCAUCUCGAUGCGCCGCCUGGGCGCCUUCCUGUCCCUGCCAGAGCCCCCCAAGCCCUGGCACGCCACGCCUGGCGCCUCCGCAGGCAGCGGCGGCGGUGCUACGGCCAACGGCCGCGACGGCGCUCCCGGCGGCCAGCAGGAGACGCCUGCUGCCGCGGCGGAAGCGGCGGUGGAGGUGGCCGGCGCGGAUUUCGAUUGGGCUGACCGAUCCUGGGCGGAGCCUGCCGCCGCUGCAGCACCAGCGGCAGGCUCAGCGCGUGAUGACGAGCCGGCAGCCGCAGCGGCCUUCCAGGCAGUGCAGGCCACCGCGGGGCAGCAGGCAGCUGGUGAGGCAGCGCCCGCCCCGCCCGCCUUCCAGCUGCGUGGCCUGCGGUUCUCUGUGGCGCGCGGCAGCCUGGUGGGCAUCGUGGGUACCGUCGGGUCAGGCAAGAGCAGCGUGCUGGCGGCGCUGCUGGGCGAGCUGCAGCCCACCCAGCGCGGGGGCGCCUCGGCGGCGGGCGCGGGCGUGGCGGCGGCCCCGCCAGUGACGGUCCGCGGCAGCGUGGCCUACAGCAGCCAGGUGCCCUGGAUUGUGAGCAGCACAGUGAAGGAGAACAUCCUGUUUGGACAGCGAUACGAAGCCACACAGUACGAAGCCGUGCUGCGGGCCUGUGCGCUGGAAGACGACAUCACAGCGCUGCCAGCUGGUGACGAGACGGAGCUCGGAGAGAGAGGCAUCAACCUGUCAGGCGGGCAGAAGGCUCGGCUGGCGCUGGCGCGGGCCGCUUACUCUCAGGCGGAGAUCCAGCUGCUGGACGACCCGCUGUCGGCGGUGGACCCGCGGGUGGGCCGCAUACUCUUUGAUGACUGCAUCGCCGGCACAGGCCUGAUGGCAGGCACCACCCGCCUGCUGGUCACCCACCAGCGCCAGUUCCUGCCCGGAUGCGACGAGGUGCUGGUGCUGCGCGGCGGCGAGAUCGCCCACAGGGGCACGCACGCCGAGCUGGCAGCGGCCGGGGUGCCCGAAGUAAUUGCCUCGCAAGAGACCUCUCUGGACGACUCGACAUACGAUUCCCACGGCGCCGCGCCGCCCUCCGCGCCCUCUGCGGCUGCUGCCGCGGACGGCGCCCCUGGCGGCAGUCCUGCAGGCAGCGGCUCGCAGCAGGAGGAGCAGGCAGAGGAGCAGGUGCAGCUUGAGCAGCAGCCUCCGCCAGCGGAUGGGCAUUUGGAAGGAGACGAGCAGGCGGAGCGGCAGCUCCAUGCCAGCGUCGCCAAGACGACUCGCUUCGACCGCUCAGUCAGCGUGCUGUUUGGCGAGGCGGAGGGUGGCGCGGGCGGCGCCAGCCGCGGCGCCGGGUGGCGGCGGAAGCUGAGCGGCAGCUACGUGCGGCGCGCGGUGUCGGCGCGGUUUGCGAGCGGCCAGCGGCGCGCCCGAGUGGCCAGCAAGGGCGAGGGCGAGGAGGGGAGCGAGGAGGAGCAGGAGCAGGCCGCCGGCAAGGGCUCCCUCCAGCCGGGCAAGUCAGGCCGGCUGAUCGUGGCCGAGGACCAUGCGGUAGGGUCUGUCCCCUGGGCCGUGUACGGGCGGUACGGCGCCCGCAUGGGGCUCCCGGUGGUCACACUCAUCACAGCCGGCCUGCUGCUGGGCCAGGCCAUCUACCUGUUUGGCGACUACUGGCUGUCGCUGUGGGCCAGCAAGGACGGGGAGGCGCAGCGGGAGGUGUACUGGGUGUGGGGGUACGCGAUCAUGGUGGGAGCCAUCCUGGCCAUCUCAUUCUCACGCAGCCUGCUGUUCUUUAUGGCGUCCCUUCGGGCCAGCACCCAGCUGCACGACGAGAUGGUGCAGCGGGUGCUGCGCGCGCCGCUGUCUUUCUUCCACACCUCCCCCACCGGCCGCAUCCUCAACCGCUUCUCAAAGGACCAGGGGCAGGUGGACGAGCAGCUGCCGCAGGUCUUCUUCGACUGCGUGCUGGCGCUGAUGAUGGUGCUGGGCGCGUUUGCGCUGCUCAUGGUGUCGGUGCCCUUCAUCAUCCCGCUCUUCCUGCCCCUGGGCGCCGCUUUCUUCCUGGUGCGCGCCCGCUACCUGCGCACCAGCCGCGAGAUCAAGCGCUGGGAGGCCACCAGCCGCAGCCCCGUCUUCGCCUCCUUCUCCGCCAUACUCAAGGGCCUGCCCACCAUCCGUGCCUUCGGCGCGGGGCCCCGCUUCCGCUCCGCCUUCCUGCAAGAGCUGUCGGACAACGGGGCCUGGUGGUUCUGCUUCCUCACAACAGCCCGCUGGAUCGGGUUCCGCCUGGACCUGCUUGUGGCGCUUCUGAUGACGGCUGCACCCCUUCUCAUGAUGGCGGUGCACGACAGGCUGUCCGCGCGGCUGGCGGGCCUGGCGCUCACCCAGUCGCUGCAGCUGGCGGGCAUGCUGCAGUGGAUGGUGCGGCAGUCGGCAGAGGUGGAGAACAACAUGACAUCAGUGGAGCGCAUGCUUCACUACACCCGUCUGGAGCAGGAGCCCGCCACGCUGGCGGGAGGAGGGCCCAAGCCCCCGCCAGACUGGCCGGCCGCCGGCCGAAUCGAGUACCGCGAUGUUACCGCCAUUUACCGCUCGGGGCUGCCGCCGGUACUGCGGGACCUGACCUUCACGCUGGAGGGCGGCGUGAGCUGCGGCGUGGUGGGGCGCACGGGCUCCGGCAAGAGCUCGCUGAUGCUCACUCUGUUCCGCCUCAUCCCCGUCACCAGCGGCGCAAUCCUGAUCGACGGCCUGGACACGUCUGGCGUGGCGCUGGAUGCGCUGCGCCGCCAGGUGGCCAUCAUCCCCCAGGACCCGGUGCUCUUCUCAGGCACCCUGCGCUCCAACCUGGACCCCUGGGGCACCUUUGAGGACGGGCGGCUGUGGGAGGCGCUGCGGGCCGCCCAGCUGGGCGGCGUGGUGGCCGCACUGGGCGGCCUGGAUGCACACAUGCAGGAGGCCGGCGACAACCUCUCCGUGGGCCAGCGCCAGCUCUUCUGCCUGGCACGCGCGCUGCUGCAGGAUGCCGCCAUCGUGGCUCUGGAUGAGGCCACUGCCAAUGUGGACCGCCAGACCGACGCCCUGAUCCAGGAGGCGGUGCGGCAGUGCACGCGGCGCGGCGACCGCCGCCGAACCCUGCUGGUGAUUGCGCACAGGAUAGACACCAUCAUGGACUGCGACCAGCUGCUGGUGCUGUCGGCGGGGAGGCUGCUGGAGCAGGGGGCGCCAGGCCAGCUGGCGCAGUCUGGCGGCAUGUUUGCACGCCUGGUGGCCGCCGCGCGCGGCAGCAGCGCUGCCUGA